AUGCCACCUGGGCCUACUGACGUUCGAGGCGGAUGUCCAGGGCUGAAUUUAUUAGCCAAUUAUGGAUACAUUCCUAGGAGCGGGAUCACCGAUAUGACAACAUUGUUGUAUGCAAUGCAAGAGGCCCUUGCUAUCAAGACAUGUGUAGAUUUGACAACCCUAAAGAUGUCUAUUGGUGACACGGAUGCUCGGACUGAUGGUCCACUGACUUUUUUGUUGGGAAGAACCCCUGGACUAUUUGCCCCUCAGACUCACAACAAAUAUGAAGUUGACGGAUCUUUGACAACGGAUGACGCUUACUUUGCGGGAGGCCAAACUAAACAAUUCGAUGGUUCUAGAUGGGCAACCUGGUAUAAACUCGCAGAGACCAAAUAUAACGGCAUCAUGACCGCUGCUUGGAACGGAGAAGUUAGAUCCAUGCAGUACGAUAUGUGUCGCAAUUCAAACCCUGAAUGCCAUUGGGGUGUAAUAGAACAACUUGUGUUCUAUCUAGGUCAAGCCUUCAUUCCGACUAUGAUGACAUCAACUGGAGCGGACGGAUUACCCGGACCAGCAUUGGUGGAUUCCAUCAACCAGUUCAUGGGGAUAGUCAAACAGCCCGAUGGGACUUUUACUCGUGGGCAUUCGCAUCUCCCUCCCGGUCCAGAAGGCGUUUGGUAUAGACGAACGAUACCCCUCACCACGGUCGAGCUCGCUGUGCCUGGUGCUCUGUCGUUGCUCUCUCAUUUACCCCAAUUCGGUCACAAUGAAGGAAGAGUCGGAAAAUGGAACGUCGCCCCAAUUCAAAUCCCCGACGUGAUUGCUGCUCCAACAGUCGCCUGUUUGUUAUUGAAGUCGGCUUUGGAUACCAAUGGAACUAGAUUCGAAGGAGCUACUCUACCUCCUCUCAAAAACUUGCUAGAAUAUGUUCUUGCGCCUGUCAAGAAUCAAUUAUCAUGUAACUGA